AGCAACCAAGAGGAGAGGAGUCCAGGGAGCCCAUGGCUGUGUUCCCCCAGGGAGAUAAUGGACGGCCUCUGCUGGUCGGAGGCCGAGGGAACCACCCUCAGAGAAGAAGUGCCAUCAGGCUCCAGACUACUCUCUGCACCAGACAUUAUAACUACACUUUAGACCUACGUCUUGUCUUGUUGUAGUGUUCAAAUGAAGCAAAC